AUGUCAUUAUCAAUAAUUUUAUCAAAAAAAAACAUAUUAGAUCGAGAAAAAAUCUCACCAUUUGAAUGUGGAUUUGAUCCAAAAAGAUCAGCACGCUUACCAUUUUCACUACGAUUCUUCUUAAUCGCAAUUGUUGUCUUAAUCUUUGACGUAGAAAUCGCCUUGAUUACACCUACAGAUUAUAUCAUGAAUGAAACCAAGGUGCUUUACAAUGAGCGGAAUAGGGAUUAUAGUUAA